UGUAGGGGGAGGCAGUGCUAGCCAGCCCCGACUGCUCCUCCUCUUCCUCCUCCUCCUCCAAACUCGCAGGGCGCAGCCCCAGCGCUCACUCAGCCGCCGGGAGCACCGGGAGGGACGGGAGGCCACCGCGCGGCCCGGAGCCGGGCAGGGUCCCCAGCCGCCAUGGAUAGCGACGACGAGAUCGUGGAGGAGGCGGUGGAAGGGCACCUGGACGAUGAUGGAUUACCGCACGGGUUCUGCACCGUCACCUACUCCUCCACAGAUAGAUUUGAGGGGAACUUUGUUCACGGAGAAAAGAACGGACGGGGGAAGUUCUUCUUCUUUGAUGGCAGCACCCUGGAAGGGUAUUAUGUGGACGAUGCCCUACAGGGCCAGGGAGUUUAUACUUACGAAGACGGAGGAGUUCUUCAAGGCACCUAUGUAGAUGGAGAGCUGAAUGGUCCGGCCCAGGAAUAUGACACGGACGGGAGACUGAUCUUCAAAGGGCAAUAUAAAGAUAAUAUUCGACAUGGCGUUUGCUGGAUAUAUUACCUAGAUGGAGGGAGCCUUGUAGGAGAAGUAAACGAAGACGGGGAGAUGACUGGAGAGAAGAUAGCUUACGUCUACCCUGACAAGAGGACCGCCCUUUACGGAAGAUUCAUCGACGCAGAGAUGAUGGAAGGCAAACUGGCCACCCUUACAACCACUGAAGAAGGGAGGCCUCACUUUGAGCUGAUGCCUGGAAGUUCAGUGUACCAUUUUGAUAAGUCAACUUCAUCUUGCAUUUCUACCAAUGCUCUUCUUCCAGACCCUUAUGAAUCAGAAAGGGUAUAUGUUGCUGAAUCUCUCAUUUCCAGUGCUGGAGAAGGACUGUUUUCAAAGGUAGCUGUGGGGCCUAAUACUGUUAUGUCUUUCUACAAUGGAGUCCGAAUUACACACCAAGAGGUUGAUAGCAGGGACUGGGCCCUUAAUGGGAACACCCUCUCCCUCGAUGAAGAGACGGUCAUUGAUGUGCCUGAGCCCUACAACCUCGUAUCCAAGUACUGUGCCUCCUUGGGACACAAGGCAAAUCACUCCUUUACUCCAAACUGCAUCUAUGAUAUGUUUGUCCACCCCCGUUUUGGACCCAUCAAGUGCAUCCGCACUCUUCACGCUGUGGAGGCUGACGAGGAGCUCACUGUUGCCUAUGGCUAUGACCACAGCCCCCCAGGGAAGAGUGGGCCUGAAGCCCCCGAGUGGUACCAGGUGGAGCUGAAGGCCUUCCAGGCCACCCAGCAGAAGUGA